AUGAGAAACAUCACCGUGUUUUUCCUCAUGGCGCUCGCCAUCGCGGCACCGGCGGCCACCGCCAGCCAAGCUGGGCUGCCGGGCAGGAGGAACCGGUUCCUGCUCGCCAACGCCCUGCCCGUCUACGACUGCUCCAAAAAAUCGGCCGCCGUCUGCCUCGCGCCGGGGAGCCCCGGGGCGACGUGCUGCGGCGGUCAGUGCGUCGACACCGUCGCAUACGCCAACCACUGCGGCUGGUGCAACAAGGUGUGCAAUGGCCCCCACCCGACGUGCUGCGGCGGGCGCUGCGUCGACCUAAUCUCCGACAAGGUUAACUGCGGCAGGUGCGGGAACCAGUGCAAGAGGAAGUGCAACUAUGGUUUCUGUGAGUACGCUUAG